AUGCCCAUAAUCAACAAAUCUGUCAAAUUUACCCUUUUACAGAUUUUUACAUUAACUCUUUUCACUAAUACAUCUUUUACAUAUACUAACACAAUAAAAUAUCGCAAUAUCGCAAAAAACCCUGUUUUUAGAACAUAUACUAAAUCUCCUUUAUUUGACCAGUUUUACGGUGACACUGCAAAUGAUCAAAAUGGCGAUUUUAUCGCAGAUUCUAACGAAACUAACCAAAUCAACUCUUCGGCAUCUGGAUCACUGGAAUGGCGGAAUAUAGUGAUGAAUGAAUUAAGCAAUUGUAGAGAUAAAGGCACUGGUAUACCAGUUCUGUCGGAGGAAUCUAAAAGGUUGCUUGAAGAUAAAAUUGUGCAGCUGAGAAGAGAGGCCAACAGUGAUCCUGGAAAGCACGUCUACCAGCCUGGUAGGCUUUGGAUUAUAAGACCAGUUAAGGGCCCCUACUGUGAGCUUAUGAAAAAAGAUGCUGAACGGAUCAACGAACUCGUUAGAAAUACCAGAAAGUAUUUCUCUGAAGAUAAAUUGGAAAUAUUGGACAUAAAAUUGGACCUUGAUAUGCCAUUAUGUGAGAUUAUUUUUGAAGGAUUUAUUAAUGAAAUAUUCCGGCCAUUCUAUGCUAGAGGUUCAAUUUUACAGGAUGAAAUUGUAGAGAGAUUCCGUGUUGAAUGUCCUGUGAUUGAAAAAGAUAUACGACUAGAUGCAAAAUAUGGAGGUAGAUAUGCACCUGGAUUGCUACCAAAAUGGGAUACCCAGGGAAUGUUAGAGGAGAUCGUUGAAGCUAUGGAUAGACCUCCAGAUUGGGCGGCGAAAUUCUAUCCUGUGAACUUCAAAAGGUUACUACAUUUUUGCAGACAAUUUGACGUAGAAAGGAUCCAAUUUAUCCAUGAUACUUUCAAUUGGCCAACUAGGCAAAGAGUUCAACGUGCCUUUGAGGAGGGUAUCGAGGAUUACAGAUUUGUCAUACAAGAGGAGUAUGAACGGAUGCAAUCUGAGAAUAGGAAUGCUGAAACUAUUCCAGAGUGGAUGCCUCCGAUGAAAAAUCCUCCUUCAUAG